CCGCCCGAUCCAUUUAGUAGACGUCCAGUCCAUUCCAUCCAUGCAUGCUUCCUAAUUUUCCAAAAUAUAAAAAUUCUCAAAAUUUAGAAAUUGGAAGCAUUAAUAAGAUUUUAAAAAUUGGGGGUGUUUUUUCCAUACAUUAAGAUUAUCCAUACUCUUUCAAAAGCUGAAAAUUCGAAAAAACAAUUUUUCGCAAUCCAAGAUCUGGUUGACCCACGUUCCGCCCAGUCUAUCCCUCAGUUUGCUGGAUUCCUGAUGUUCUUAAAAUUCAAGUUUAGACUUUUAGCAUCUUUUCCUAUAUGCCUGGGCGAUUUUGAAAAAUUAUGAAAUGACUUGGAAUAUGCUUAUUACCCGCAAAAUCACGAAAUUAAAGAGACGCGAAAACUGUGUAGCCGGUGUGUAGUUGGUGGGUUUCUGUUGUGCGCGCUCUAUUUUGCUGAUUAUCUAACCUCAUUUGACAUAUUAAUAUUCACUAAACAUACAGAAUAGAGCAUUGAUAACAUUCGGUUAGGGGGCUAUUUAUGAAAUUUAAUACAGCACUUUGAUUAGAUCUCGAGCCAGCAACAUCGAUCGAUCCUUCCAGGAGAAUUGUUUCAAUUAAUCUGAAAGUCACCUCGAUGUAGUGUACAAAGAACAAAAAGCGUAACUAGAAUUCCAGUCAUCGGUUCUGAAAACUGGUGUUUUUUCCAGGGGGUACCCAUAUCGCUGUGACACCGCAACUGAGUACAAUUUCUAUAGAUAGAGGUAUACGUGGAGCUGUUUCUGGUAAUUCCUCUAGAAUGUAUAGUACAAAAUGUACUACUGGUUUAUACUGGAUCUGUUAUCACUGUAUGUGCCGGCAUGCGUUUGUCAUCUCUGAGUAGACGUCUGUUUUAAUCUAGUGGCUAUAUCUACAAUACAUUAAUUGAGUGAGUGACCUUUUUUUAGUCUUAGAGUAGAAUUACUUUAAAGAUUAGCAACUUGAAACAUAUGGCUAUUGUAAAUCAAACUUCUACCUUGUCACUGACUGCUCGUAACGUCUAGGACAUUACAGCUAUAAAAAUGUGUGGAAAACGUAUUCUUCUCUUGGUUUUUAUGGUAGUCCUUACCCCAGCAGCAAAAUAUAUUGAGGACAAAAACGAUCAAUCAAUGAUUACACAAACGUCUUCAAGAUUUUGUUCUUUAUUAAGCUCAAACUGUCACCACUUGUUUUCCCGACGAAGAGGGUUUGAAGUCGGCCAUAUUCAGUUUAUUCAUUUCAAAGGAAAACAGUAUGAAAUUGUGACGCGAAGCCUUCGACCGUUAAUGUUCGAAAUUCCUGGUUUUCUUUCUAACACGGAAUGUGAUCAUAUCGUGAAACUUGCCGUACAAAAAGGUUUGGAAACGAGCAAGACCUUAGCAGAGUAUUCUAGACCAGUAACUCCUGCAAUUAUGGAUCUUAUAAUAUCAAGAUAUAAGCGGAUUGGUAGACGCUUUGCAAAUCACUUGGGUUCAGUGAAGAAAAUGAGGGAAUUCAUCAACCAGGCAGAAGGUCUUUACCCCCGCAAAGCAGACGCGGAGAAAAUAUUCAAAAUGUUUGAUGUGAACAAAGAUAGCAAUAUUACAGAAGACGAACUUUUCUUGGCCCCAGACAACGUUAUCCAAAGUCUAUAUAACUGUCUGGAGGAAUACAAAUCAAAUCCUAUAUAUGCCCCACGUUACAGUACCAACACGUGGCUUACUAUGUCAGGCAAGUCCUUGGACAACAUUCUCCGAGAAUUACAAGAAAAGAUCGAAAAAGUCACUAAUUUACCUAAGCACAUAGUAGAGGGCAGUGAGGACUUACAGAUUGUUCACUAUUCAGUGGAUGGCCAUUUUCAUGGUCACUAUGAUUCAACAGAAGAUGGAAUAGGUCGAAAUCUACCGUGCUGUAAACAACAAGGAGUAGAUCCAAAGAGCUGCCAUCUUUGUCGAUAUAUUACUAUUUUAUUUUACCUUAAUGACGUUACUCGUGGAGGAGAAACUGUUUUUCCUGCUGCUGGCGCCAAGAACGUCUAUCUAAACCAAUCAUCGAAUCUUAGUCUACAUUGUCAUAACGCGAACAUCGUUAUGAAACCUAAAAAAGGCACUGCAAUUAUGUGGUACAAUCACCAUCUUGACCCUAAAACUGGUCUCCUUGGUAACCUAGAUGUUUAUUCACUUCAUGGAGGCUGCGAUGUACUGGAAGGCAGCAAAUGGAUUGCUAACAGAUGGAUAAAUAUUCCUAAAGACCACCCUCCCCUCCCCUGAGAGAGAAUUGUUAUAGGUAUACGAAAGACAAAGGAUG